AUGGCCCCGAAAAAGGCCAUGAACCCCUCAACAGAGGAUGGAGACGAGCACAGGUCCCGUUCUGGCCAUCGACCUGCAUCCUCGUCCAAGCUUCAAUCUACCCCCACAUCUUCAAAGCCUCCUCACUCCUCUUCAUCCUCCCGUCAACCUAAGCUCAGCCUUGAUCUUCCCAUGCGUCCUUCUGCCCCUCCACCAAAGCCUCUGGACCCGCGCCAGGCCCAAGAGCUGCGGGACCACAAGGCCAAAUUGGAAGAAGACGCAAGACGCAAAAAGGAGGCAGAAAGCACUGCUUGGAUGCGCCGCACUCGUUAUGACCCUGAAACGGGCGAGCAGCGAAAGCCAAAGAGCACUGGUUCAAGUAGCAGUGACUCCCCCAUUCGUCGAGUCGAAACUCCUCCAGAACUCCCGCCUAACUGGACCGCGGAGGAGAAGGCCAACUAUGAGCGCCUCGCAAGGGAAGGUGUGAAAGUGGCUGUUUUUGAGCAACACCGACUUGACCAAGAGAAGGUUAUCCGACACAAAGAUUACAUGACAGUUGCCUGGGAUGGCUGCAAGAACAUUGACAUUCCCUGGCAUCGAUUCAAAGUUAGGCCUUCUUCUGGUGUCCAAGAGGAGACUCAAAUUCAGCGUCGUGUUGGCUACAACACUUCCGGCAAAGAGGUCGAGGUUAUGAUGAAUGCAUACCCGAUCACUUCUUUCCCAGAGAAGGCUGUUUACCAGUAUGAGAUCAAUGUUCUGCACGGUGACCAAAAUGAAACCGACAGGCGGGUCCUCAGAAAGUGCUGGAACAGUGAGACCCGAAAGGCACACAUUCCCGAUGGUAUCUGGGACGGUGGAAGAAUCUGCUGGUCGCUGCGAAACUUCGAUGACUGGAAUGAGGUUAUCGACAUUAAGGGCGACUUGACCCGAGACAUCAAGACUCUUGCUACUGUCGACGAGUUCAGACGGAAUCCUGCUUUCAGAAUGUCCGUCAUCCAGAAGCGAAAGAUUAAUCUGGCGGUGAUCAACGCCUGGCUGCAGAACCGCCGUGAUCUGGAUGAACUCGUGAUUGAAUCUCUGAGCUUCCUUGAUCAUUUGCUCCGUGAAUGGCCCACCAAACAAUUUGCUGCAAUCAAGCGGGCGUUCUUCUUUGACAAGCUCGGAGAGGACGAGGAGCUGAAGCAGGAGUUUUACCAGCCGCUCGCCAAUAUGGGUGCUUCCGUUUACCGAGGCAUCUACCAAGCAAUUAAGCCAACUCCUCAUGGUCUGAUCCUCAAUGUUGACGUCGCUCACUGUGUCUUCUUUUCUCGUAUCAGUCUUAUGGGCUAUAUGAUGAAUGUGAAUGGGUGGAACGAUAAGUCAACCCUGGUCAGGAAUCUCCAGUCAACUCGCGACGAAUAUGGCGGUACGAAGGAAUCGAGGUAUUUCGCACAGGUGAACAAGAAGAUCCAGGGUCUUCGAGUGGCACCCAACUACGAGGGUUGCCCUUUCAAGAUGAAGAGUUUCAUUGUCAAGGGCCUGAUUCAUGCAAAGCCCAAGGAAUUCUUCAUUGAUUACUACGACAAGGCUACCGGGAAGUCCACUCGAAUCCACCUCGAAGAGUACUUUAUGAGACGGUACAACAUCCGCCUCGAAUAUCCCAAUAUGCUCUUGGUCGAGAUGCAAAAAGAAGAUGUCCAUUACCCAGCCGAGUUCCUGGUUAUCAAAGGCCUUCAGAGAUACCGCUACAAGCUUACCGACGUGCAGGCGGCACAGAUGAUUCAAUGGUGUGCGACCAGGCCCCCGAAACGUCUGGCCAAUGCUCGCCAGUCCAAGGAUCUUCUCCAGCACAAGAAUGAUCCGAUUCUGAAACUUUACGGUAUGAAGAUCAGUGACCAAAUGAUCAAGACCAAAGCCCGUCUCCUUCCGAGCCCCGAGAUUCAGUUCGGGGGCAACCGCAAACAUAACCCUCAGCAUUCGGGAAGCUGGGAUCUCCGCGGUAAGAAGUUUUACAAACCCAAUGAAAAGGAUCUUGUGGCUUGGGGCAUCGGGUACUUUGCCGGGCACCGCAAGUCAAUCAACGAGGACCAGGCUGCCAGCUGGGCUGAUCAAUUCGUGAAGAUGUACAGAAGCAUGGGCGGCGUGGUGACUGGCCGACCAGUUAUCAAGGCAGUGAGCGAAGACAUUGGUAUGGCUGUCAAAAGGAUUUACGAUACAAUCGCAGCGGUGCACAAGAGAGAGCCCCAGCUCAUGGUAUUCAUCGUUCCUGACAAGGACUCUUUUGUCUAUCUUCGCAUCAAGAAGUCUUCUGACUGCCGAUAUGGCACUCCCUCUCAGGUGCUCCAAGCUGCACACUGUAUCAACAAUAGGCCUCAAUAUCACGCGAACGUUCUCAUGAAGGUGAAUGCAAAGCUUGGUGGAAUCACAGCUCGGGCUGUCCCUAAGUCGAAGAGUUCAGGUCUUCGCCCUGGCUCCAUGAUUAUUGGGGCAGAUGUCACUCAUCCAAUGAUGGGGGUGUGGACUCCGUCACUGGCGGCCAUGUCGGUUUCCGCAAAUUCCACUGCAACUCGCUACAUGGGUGGAUGCGAGACCAAUGGAGAUCGAAUUGAGAUCAUCCGGGACAAAGUGGUUGAGUACAUCCUACACCCCAUGGUGGCUGAGUGGAAAGCAACUGUUGGGGGUGGUAAGGCUCCUGAGUAUGUCUACUAUUUCCGUGACGGCGUGUCUGCGUCCGAAUACCAGAGAAUCCUUUCAGAGGAAGUCCCUGCAAUUCGCUUUGCCAUUGCGCAUGCGUGUGGUCAGCCAGUCUGGGGCGGCAAGAUGUGUGUUGUGGUUGCCAACAAGCGCCACCAUCUUCGAGCGUUCCCUGACCCGAAGAAUCGCGCAGCCGCGGACAGCCACGGCGGCCCCCUGCCGGGCACUCUCAUUGAUCGGGACGUGACUAGCCCACAUGACUGGGACUUCUUGCUCUACACACACAUUGCUCUACAGGGAACUCCCCGCCCGGUCCAUUACCAUGUCCUGUUGGAUGAGAUGGGUCUUAAACCUAAUGACCUUGAGGGCAUGAUCAAUGAUCAUUGCUACCAGUACAUCCGCUCGACAACCUCCGUCUCUGUCCACCCUGCAAUCUACUAUGCCCACUUGAUUUCGGUUCGUGCUCGUCACCACGAGGAUGUUCCUAUUACCUCUGGCCCCCCAGAGUGGACCGGAGGUGAAAAUGACGAACCCGAAGCCCAAGGAGCCUCGAGCCAAGAGAUUGCUUCCCAUUGA